AGAACAAGAAAAUUAUACACUAAUUUUAAACCAAGUUAAAAAGAUGAAAUCUGAGGCGUCUUUUAAUAAACAAAGUUUAAACUCACUUAUAAAAGAAAUAAGCAAUGAAGUUUCAAAUUCUGAUAUGGAAAACAUGAAUUCUUUGGAGGACUUAGAAAAAAUUGUUUAUAUUAUAAAAAAAAUUAAAAAUAAAUAUGCCAUUAAAAUUUUACAUAAAAAAAAACAAUGUCAUCGAUUAUUAGAAGCAUUCCCAAAAUUGACAAAUGAACUAAAUAUAUUAAAAGGAAAAUGGGAAAAUUUGAAAUAUUCAACGGAACUAAAUAUAAAAGACUAUUUUGAUGAAUUAAUAGAUACUAAAAAGUUACUUCUUACAAAUAUAUUUCAUCUAAAAAUAUCAAAUAAAAUUAGUCAUGAAUUAAAUAUGAACAAUAUAAUUGCACAACAAGAAGAAAUAAAUAUUUCUGAUAAACAGACAAAAAUGUUAGUUUUAUUAAACACUAAGAUACAGACUUUACACAAAGACAAGACAGAUUUAGAAAUUAAAUUAGCAGUAGAAGAAACACAUUCUGUAGAAGCUACUCAGAAAGUGAGAGUACUUCAAAAUGAUUUAAUAUUUGCUAAAAAUGAAUUGAUAAAGUUAAACGAAACACAUCUAUACAAUAUAGCAGCUCAAACAACAAACACACAACUAAAUGCUGAUAAAUUAACCAAAGAAAUUGAUACUUUGAAAAAUAAUCUUGUUGAAAAAGAUAACCAGUUACAACUCUGUAAAAUAGAAAUAGAUGAAAUUAAUAUCAAUCAUAAAACUGAAUUAUUAAAUCUUGAGAAAAAUUAUCAAUUAGAAUAUCAAAAAUUUGAAGAAAAAAGGAAAGAAGAUCAAAAACAAAUUGAAGAAAUGUAUUUAAUGUUUAAAAAACAUUUUGCUAAAUUGAAAAAAGAUGACUCUGAAAACAUGAGCACUGAUUAGUAUAUCAAAAUCGAAAUAGUAUAACAAGAGGUAUCUAUAAUAAUUAAAAGGAAAAUGUAUUCUAAAUAUCUUUAUAUAUUAUUUAUUUUCAUGAUCUUUUAUACAAACAUAUUAUAAUAUUGUUUUCAU